AUGCUAGGAAACUCUGCAACGAGAAAAGGAUCACCGGUCAUCGAGAACAGUUUCCCUAAUCCAUUUGGUAUCAACGAACCUGAAUUUCCUCCCGAUGUCACCUCAAAACAAGCGUCCGAGUUGGAUCCAGAGAAAGCUAUUUCCUCGACCGGGAUUCAGAAAGAAAAGGUUCCACCAUGCGAUAGCGGACGUAGAGCUUGGGCGUGUUUACUAGGUGCCGCUACCAUCGAAGGCUUGAUGUGGGGCUUUCCCAUGACAUUCGGAGUCUUUCAAUCGUACCUCCAGACUCAUCCACCCUUUGAAAACAAUCGAUAUAUUCCCGUAGUCGGAGUUUUGGCAACAGGGAUAUCGUACCUCGGAAACCCUCUCAUCACACCAAUCACAAUCAAAUACCAAAAGUACCAACGACACAUGAUAUGCUUCGGCUGGCUGAUCUGCAUCGUGGCUCUUCUCGCAAGCAGUUUUGCCACAAAACUCUGGCACCUUAUGUUCACGCAAGGAUUCCUGUACGGUGUCGGUAUAGUCUUGCUUUACUUUCCCGUGCUCAGCAUGGUGAACGAAUGGUUUAUUAAGAGGCGAGGAUUAGCUUACGGAAUCAUGUUCGGAUCAGCCGGUGCUUUUGGUCUCGCGCUCCCCUUCGUCGUAGAACGACUCCUCCACAGCUACGGCUACGCAACGACCGUUCGCGCAUUCGCCAUUGGAAUAUUCAUCCUCGUUGGCCCGAUGCUCCCCCUCCUAAAACCCCGCCUCCUACCCCUCGUCCACACCAAUACCCCUUCCGAAACAACCCUCGACACCACAGUCUUCACCAACCCACUCUUCUACUCCGCCUCCCUCUCCAACAUCUUCCAAGGCCUUGCUUUCUUCCUCCCAUUCGUCUACCUCCCGUCCUACGCCCACGACAUCGGCUUAAACAACGCACAAUCAACACUAGCCCUCUCCUUCCUAAACACCUCCCAAAUAAUCGGCCAAAUAGGCAUCGGCUACCUCUCCGACCACCACUCCAUCUACAUACCUCUCUUCCUAUCCCCUUUCUUCUCCGCCCUCUGUACCUUUCUGCUCUGGGGUUUCGCCAAAUCUUUUUCCCCACUCACCAUCUUCUCUAUCCUGUACGGCAUCUUUUCGGGUGGUUAUUCGGUGUUGUAUUGUCGAUUUGCUACGAGCCUUGCGACAACGGGUCUUUGGCUUUACAGCAUUUUUGACUUUCAGAGGGGAGUGGGGAAUAUUGUUGGGGGUGUGGUGAGUGGGGUUCUUGUUAAGGGAGGGGUUGUGGAGGUGAGUUAUGGGGUGAGGAGGUAUCAGUGGCUUGUGGUAUUGGUGGGUGGCAGUAUGUUUGUUAGUUGUUUGGGUGGAUUUGGAUGGUUUGUUAAGGAUAGAAGGUUGACGUUAAGGUGGAGGGGUGGGAAGGAGAGAAAACCUAAAGCUAUGGGAUGAAAAUACAUGCAUGUGACGAGCUGGAGUCUAGGAGAAUUGCAAUCUUGUAUUUUUUUGAAUUAAAUUAUUCUUAUUCAAGGGGCAUAAGUGAAGGAAUGGAAGCUGCUGAAUAGAAAGUCUAUCUAGCACCGAUACAGAACCGCUA